AUGGAAGCUUUGGGCAUCUUGCCUAAUAAUACAACAUUGCCUCUGGUUUUCAAGGCUUGUGCAAAUUUGCAAACCCUUGAGAGAGGCAAGAAGAUACACGAGGAUAUGAUGGGUUUCCCUUUGAUCAAUGAUAUCCGGGUUGGGACUAGUCUUGUUGACUUUUAUAGCAAAUGUGGCUGUCUUGAAGAUGCUUAUUGCGUAUUCGAUGAAAUGCCGAAAAGGGAUGUCGUAGCCUGGAAUGCGAUGAUUUUGGGGUGUGUGCAGUGCAUGGAAUAUGAGGGAGCGUUGUUUCUUUUCAUGGAGAUGCAAGAGGAGAAUUUGAGGCCUAAUUCUAGGACGGUUGUUUCAUUGCUUAAGGCAUGUGGUGAGCUUUCAGAGCUGGGCCUUGGGAAAGGAAUCCACGGGUAUUGUUUGAGGAAUGGACUUAUGGAAAUGAGCAGUCAUGUGGAUAGUGCUUUAAUUAGUUUCUAUUCAAGAUUUGACAUGACAACUGCUAAUCAUGUUUUCAGAUUGUUGGGUUCAAGGAGCACUGUUAGUUGGAAUUCGAUGCUUUGUGGGUAUUUUGAUGCUGGUCAUUACUUGAAAACUGUAGAUCAUUUUCUCUGGAUGCUCAAGGGGGGAAAAGAAUAUGAUCAUGUUACUGUUCUAGUUAUUAUUCAGGCCUGUGCGGAACUGGGACUUAUUGAGCUGGGAAUGCAAGUCCAUCAACUUGUAAUUAAACAUGCCUUCAGUGAAGAUCUGCACACAUUAAAUGCAUUGAUGAAUUUCUACAGCAGCAUGGGGUACUUGAAAUGUUCAUUUGAUCUAUUUAUCUCUGUUCCUAACAAAGAUGUUGUUCUGUGGAAUUCAAUGAUUUCAGCUUGCAUUGAUAAUGGCUUGAAUGAUGAAGCAAUUAAAAUGUUCACUGAGAUGCAAAUAGAAGGCAUUAGACCAAAUGACAGUUCUAUUAUUAGCAUGUUAAACUUAUUUGCAGGUUUGGAAAAAGGAUUGACAAAUGGAAAAAGGUUGCAUGCUUAUGCAAUUAAGUUUGGAAUGGAGGCCUUUACACUCUGUCAAAUUGCUUUGUUGAAUAUGUAUGGAGUUUUAAAUUGCGUUGAAGAUGCCUUGAACAUUUUGUCUGAGACAAAUGAUUCAGAUGUAGUUUCUUGGAACACUUUAAUUGCUGCAUUGGCUCAUAAUGGAUUAAGAAGCCAAGUAUUCUUACUCUUUAGGCAGAUGCAGGAAACAGAUGUCAAACCAAAUGGUCACACAGUAAUUUCCAUUCUUGCUGCUUGUGAUGAUGAUACCUUUCUGAACACUGGAAGAUCUUUCCAUGGUUAUGUAGUAAAAAAUGGUCUGGAAGUAGAUGCAGCACUGAAUGCUGCACUGACUGAAAUGUACAUGAAUUGUGGUGAUGAGGCAAACGCUAAGUAUCUGUUUGAGGGCUUCAGAAAAAAAGAUUUGAUCUCUUGGAAUGCCAUGAUUUCCAAUUAUGUAAACAACAACCGACCUCAAAAAGCUUUGUUGCUUUUCCAUCGCAUGAUUUCGGAAGUUGAACCCAAUUUCUCAACAGUGGUAAGCGCUCUUUCUGCAUGUGCAUAUCUAGCAGAACUUUCUCAAGGCCUUUGUUUACAUGCCUACAUAACACGAAGGGAAUCAUUAAUGGGUUUUCAUUUGCCUGUGGCAAAUGCUUUAAUAACUAUGUAUGCAAGAUGCGGCUGCAUGAGAUAUGCUGACUAUGUAUUUAGUUCCUUACGAAAAAGAAAUUCAGUUUCUUGGAAUGCAAUAAUAGCUGGCUAUGGCAUGCAUGGCCGAGGACAUGAUGCUGUUCUUGCCUUCUCACAAAUGUUAGAAGAAGGGUUCCUGCCCACAGAUGUUACAUUUGUUUCUGCUUUAUCAGCUUGCAGCCAUUCUGGUUUGAUAGAAAAAGGAUUGCAGCUUUACCACUCAAUGGUUCAGGACUUUUACAUAACCCCAAAACUUGUCCACUAUGCUUGCGCCGUGGAUCUAUUGUCACGAGGUGGGCAUUUAGAUGAAGCCAUGCAAUUAAUUAAGUCUAUGCCAAUUGCUCCUGAUGCAUCAGUGUGGCGAGCUCUGCUUGGUGCUUGUCGAAUUUAUUCUGAAACCAGAUAUGCCAAAAUCAUUUUUGAAAAGCUUGUUGAAUUGGAACCAACAAAUGCAGGUAAUUAUAUUUUGCUUUCAAAUGUCUAUGCUGCUGCAGGCCAUUGGUCAGAGGUCAGAAAAUUGCGAAUACUACUUGAGAAAAAGGGUUUGGUAAAACCUCCUGGAAAAAGUUGGAUUGUGGUUAAAAAUAAACUUCACCAGUUUACUGCUGGAGACAAGUCACAUCCUGAAAGUGACAAAAUCUAUCAAAAGUUGUCUUAUUUGGUGUCAUCAAUUAAAAGAAUGGGGUAUGUUCCAGAUGUUUGUUGGGUUCUCCAUGAUGAAGAACCUGAAGAAAAACUCAGAAAGCUACUAAGCCACAGUGAGAAGCUUGCUAUUGCUUUCGGAUUGAUGAAUGCAGGUGCUAGGUCACCAGUUUUGAUCACAAAGAACCUGAGGGUUUGUGGUGAUUGCCAUGAGUUUAGUAAGCAUGUCUCCAGAUUAGUUGGCAAAGAAAUAAUUCUGAGAGAUGGAAGUCGUUUCCAUCAUUUUAGCAAUGGUAUCUGUUCAUGCAAAGAUUAUUGGUGAGGAGUGGUGUGAUUGCUAGUUCAGAUCAGGCUUCCAUUCUAAGUCUAAUCUUUUGGAGUAGUAACUCUGGAUCAAGAGGAAGGUCAAAGUUCAACUUACGAAUUUUGGAAUCUUACUCUUUCUGUCUCCAAUUACCAUAAUCCAGCUAUAGACUGGAUGCAACAUUUUCAAGUAAGUGCCACAGUCCAACAAAUUGAUUCUGUAAGAUUAUAGCAUUAAGUUACAAUCAUUAACUUCUCAAAUUGCAUGUGAAUCCUUUGGAUAUCUGUUAAUAGUUGUACAAAGAAUUAAGCUG